AUGGACAUUGUCUCCCAUAAGAUCCUCAUGGAGCUGACCAAGUAUGGGCUGGAUGAGCAGACAGUGAGGUGGACUGAAAACUGGCUGAACGACCAGACCCAGAGAGUGGUGAUCAGUAGCACAAAAUCUAGUUGGAGGCCUGCAACUAGUGGUGUACCCCAGGGGCCAAUAUUGGGUUCAGUCCUGCUCAACAACUUCAUUAAUGAUCUGGAUGGUGGGGCAGAGCGUACCCUCUGCAAGUCUGCAGCUGACACACAACUGGGAGGGGUGGCUGCUCUGCUUCUAGCUGUGAAUGUGCUUGAAAACAUCCAGCAAACAAGCAUUUGCCAUCUGGAUUCACAGUUGCUUACAUUUGAGGAAGAUGACCCACCAGAACCACUUGAGCUAUCAGUUAAAGAAGUUGUUAGUGUUGUAAAGUCAGCUCAAGAGAAGGUGGUUUCUUGUAAUGUUGUGGGAGAUUCCGUUAAAUUUGUUGUCACUGUCUCAGAUACUUCGCCCGCGGCUGCAGAAGGUCAGUCCUACAGUGUGAAACUGUCUCCACUUCACUUGCAGCUUCAGCUCUGUGUGAAAGACAAAGAAGAUGUCAAAGUUGAGUGGUUCCUCCUUAACGCCGAUGAAACCAACUUUGAAAUCCAGCCAGCAGUGCAGGAGGGACAGACAGCAGGGACAUGUGCAAUAUCUGAAAUGCUCAGAGAUGUUUUGAGGAACCUCUUUAUCUCAGUUUCUCCAUCUGUAGUGUUGAGUACAAGGCCUACAGAUAUAAAGGAGGUUCAGAAUGUACAGAACAUAAGCCUUCUCCCUCAGGGCACUAGUCCGCCUAAACCUCCAAGGGCUCAUGAACUCAAACUGCUGGUGAAGAACAUCGUGGUAAACCUAACUGAUCACAGUGCUGCAGGCAGCACAAACCUUGCGUGUAUAGUUCAGUUGAAUGACCCUAUGCAGAAGUUUUCCAGCUCUGUAGCCAAAAAUGCUGCAAAUCCCUUUUGGAAGGAAGAGUUUAUCUUUGAACUAAGUGCCAAAUCAAAAGCAUUGCAACUGCAAAUAGUAGAAGAUGGAAGGUUGGAUAGUCCAUUGUCUGCAAAAGCAACUGUACCUCUAGACUUGUUCAGGAAACAACCUUCUGGCCAGCAAAGCUUUGCACUGAACAGCAGGGCCAGUGAGAGCAGCCCAGAGCCAGGGCCCAGGCUGGGAUCCAUUAGUGCAGAGUUCUCUUUUAUAGAACCCAGUGAAUUAAAGACAUGGCAAGUCUCUUCUCCAGUGCCCGCCACUAAGGUAGAAAAGGAUCGCACUGUGAUGCCCUGUGGGACUGUGGUCACUACUGUAACUGCUGUGAAAACCAAACCUCGUCUAGAAGGGAGAUCAUCUCCACUGACCACAGAUUCUCCUGUGAAAACUCCAGUCAAAGUAAAGGUGAUUGAAAAGGAUUUCUCUGUUCAAGCUAUCCAUUCUCAUGGUGCUCCAGUCAGCAAAACUUUAUCAUCUUCAGAUACAGAACUGCUCGUACUGAAUGGCACCGAUCCUGUUGCAGAAGCAGCCAUUCGGCAGUUAAGUGAGUCUGCAAAGCAGAAGCUGAAGUCUCCUAGAAAGAAGAGCACCAUUAUCAUAUCAGGGGUGUCCAAGACCUCUUUAUCUCAGGACAGUGAAGCUGCACUGAUGAUGGACUAUGCUGCAGCCAUGGACAGCUCCUGCAAAGAAGUAGAUCCACCCACUGUGAAGGAAGCUGUUGCAAAAGUCACCUCUGAUGAAAAGCUAUCAUUAGGUGCUUCAGAAAUAUUACCUGAUACUGACCCACAGCAAAGUGCCCAUAAAGCUUGGGGUUUGGAGAACGGCAGCCAACAGUGGGACACCAACACGCUCUUAGACCAGACCUGUGAAGAAAUAUCUGGGAGCUCAUUAAGUGUUUCAGAAACUGGGAGCAUGAAAAAAUCUAAAGGUGGGAUUUUGAAAAAAAGUGCAAAGCUCUUUUUCCGCCGGCGACAUCAUCAGAAGGAUCCAGGAAUGAGUCAAUCUCACAACGAUCUUGUCUACCUGCAGCAGCCACUGUCAGAGGAAACACGCAAGAAGGGAGGCACACUAUCACGUAUUCUGAACAGAAAGCUCCUUUCCAAAAACAAAAGCAAGAACAAACUGAAUGGUGCUUCAGCAGAACCAUACGUGUAAGACUGAAUGCUCUCUGAUGGGAUACUUGCACAUCAUUUGACCAUUUGUUUACAGAGCAGUACUAGAGAACAAAAUACGGCUAACGACUUGCGUAAAAGUAUGUUCAUGAGUACAGUGGUCAGAAAGCUUGUCUUUUUUGUUUAUUUUUCCAGAACACUUUUUCUCUCUGAUUAUAAAGUUGCUCCUCUAAAUACAAGCAGUGCUACUUGUAUCAUGACAACUUUUGGAGGACCACGUGGUUUAAUGUAGAAGAUGAGGGACGAUGGGGGAAUGGUGCAGGCAGGGAGGGCCUGCAUGUAAGCACCUAGUUUACAUUAAGGGGGAGCUAAGAACUGAAACAUCAUACCUGCUAGAUGACUGAACUACUAUAAAGAGAGAAGAUACCACUGUGCUUCCUAACUGCAGCCUGGAAUAGUAGCAACACAAGUCUCAACUUGUUUUUCUAGUCAGGCUGAAAGGGAAGAGAGACCCAGAUCCAGUUUGUAUUGUAAUUUGGAAACGGGUAAGUUUUCAGAAGCAGAACUAAAAUGCUGAUUAAGAUAGCCUACUGUAAUAACUGUAGCCUGCUGUAAUAACUGCUCAGUCCAUGUAGGUGAAGAGAUGCCUUUGAUAUUAGCCAUAAAUCAAUAAAUUAUGCAAAUACUUAUACUAGCUUAUUAUUUAAUGUUCUGUGCAUAAAUUAUGCUUUAAAAAACAGAACUUUUUUUAAAGUCUACUUGAGUCUACUCACAAACAAGACAUUUACAAAUUCUCCUAUGUAGCUUUUCUUCCCUGUGUGAGAAGCUGCAUUGCUAAUGCAAAAACCUGUCUUAGGGGCUCUAAUUCCUUCUCCCAAGUACUUGUUAGACAAGUAUAUUAACCAUCAUAUCAAAUGCAAAGCUAGGAGCAAUAAGUGAUGAAUAGAUCAUAUUUAACCCUAUAAUGCUUUUCAUUAGACAGCUUGUUUUACUUGCCAAACACUUAGUGAGAUCAUAGAAAACACAGUUGUGAAGAGAGCUUUUUAAAAAUAAUAACAACAAUUCCCUUAGUCAUUUUUCACUUUCUAGAUCUACCAGUGUUGUCAUGUGGUAAGUGGUUGGUUGGUUGAGGUUUUAAACUUUGUUUCCUCAUUAAAUAUUGCAGCUGGCUCCUUUAAAUGAAAAGGAAAAACUGAUGAAAGGCAUAGUUCUUGUUUUGGCUAUUAAGAAGAGUAAAAUGUCAGUCAGUAUUUCACAGGUACCAUCUUUUGCACAUAACUGUACUUUUCCAUCAUCUACAUUCCUACUGAGAACAAAGGACCAAGCCUGUUCUCUUUAGACAAGAGAAGCAUCCAUUCCAUCAAAAUUACUUACAUAAUAAUAAUGAUAGAUUUGUACCUGCUUUUGCCAACAGUGAUUUCCCCCCCCCCCCUCCUCCCCCUAAGACAUCCAACACUGGCAGAUUAUUUGGGUUUUCAACUUAAACCAUUCUUCAAAAAUAGAAAGUCACUGAAGAAGAGAAAUACAUUUCAAAACUUCUGAUGAACCCUAGAUUCCUUAGUAAAUACUUUUGCAAAUAAUAUAAAAGUAGAGGGGGGGGGUGUGAUUUCUUUUUUAAUAAGAAAAUAUUAGAAGAAAUUAACUGUCUAAAUCUGGUAACAGCCUACUCUUUAAAAGUACUGUUUAUGUGUAACCUCCUAAAAUCACUGUGGUAGUACAGCAGUCCAGACUAUCAAAUAGUUGUAUACUUCAGCACACUGAUUAUCAUGAAAACACUUGAAGGUAUUUUAAUAUUCUGUAUUUUGAAAAUUAGUUACAAAUAAGUCUUCUAGAGCUGUAACAUGCUUAGAAAUUCCAAUUCAGUAAUGCAGUUUUGUCCAGCUUGAAUGUGCUUGAACACUUCUGUUUGUUGUUAACUUAGUACAAAGUAGAAGUUAGGUUUCUUCAUUUGUUUGUUCCACAGUGGUUCAUGGUAUGAGCACUAAAAAACCUGGUGUUAUGUUCUCUCAACAUAGACUUUCUCCCUUGACUCAUUAGGAGCUCUUUGUAUGAUGGGGCAGGGUGGGGAGUCAAAUCCCUGCCAUAUUUUAAAUGCUCAGUCUUGUUUGCUGAAGGAGAAAACCACACCUGGUCACUGUGUUCAAGAAAUUAAAGUGAGACUGAGCUUCAUGGGUAGCAUCUCUUAUACUCAAAGCUGUGGAAUUGGGAACGUAAAGGGACCAUGUAACACUACUUGAAGUCUACUUAAAUUACUGAACUGGGAUUUUAAUUUACAGAAGCUUUAUCGUGUACUGUAGAAUGGGGUGGAAAGAACACUGAAUAACUUGCAGAAUACAGGAGUAGGGUUUGCCUGCAACUUACCCCAAAGAACAGAUACACACUGAAGAAGUGUUUUUUUGGUUCUUCUUUCUUAAGGUCUUGGUGAUUGCCUAGUUAAUAUGUGUCUUGAUGGUGGGAACCGAGAACAUCCUAUACUGCAAACUGUAUGAAAGUUUUCUUAAGAUGAGGAAAGUAAGGCAUUUGGGGUAAAAAGGGAAUCUUGUUUUUUAAUUGCCUUCACUCCUCAAGAAAAUAAACAUAAUUUGGUUUGAUGUUUGACCUCUGUAUCUGGCUGGUGUGUUCCUCACCUGCUCCUCUACAAAUAGUUUAUGUCCUGUUGUAGAAACAAGCUAAGGUACUAAACAGAAAGGGACAAUUGAGUUGCUCAGUCAUGACAACCCCAAGGGGCCACAAUAUUGAAUACCAUUCCCCCUUCCAGGGUGAUGUAGAUUGUCAUUUAAGAUCAGAUCUCAGUAUGUACCUUUUUUGUGUAUUAGUAUUUAGGUCAGCAUGAGUUGGGUCCUGACAACCAGCAGGAGGUUUGGGUCAGGAGGACUGGAUUUGUAAACUAGCAUAACUAACACCGUGAAGUAUCCUACCAGGUGCUGAAUAUUUCCUGUGCAGUUGUAUGAAGGAUGCUGGAGGAAAUAAUUUUGCUCUUUUACGUUUUGCAAUCUUCAUAAUUGUAAUAAGUACACAUUUGAACAGUAGAACAAAUCUUUGCGUGGUAUUACCUGAAAACUUCUUGUUUCCUGCCUUUAAUUACUUCAGAGCAAUAGCUUGGAAGCAGCCUGUGAAUUCUUUCUUCCUUUUUGCCCCUUUUCUUAUGCUUUCGUGUUUCUGGAUGUUCUGUACAGCAAAGAAGGCAAGAUCUUUAUUUUAUGAGGACUAAGAGAUGAAGGCUUGCUUUUCCUUUCUAAAGAAAUUUUCUGCCCGUAAUUGAACCUUCUUAAUCUGUGUUUGUGGUUUGUUCUGCUUUAUGGUAUUUUAGCUUUUCAUUUGCCUUGAUGGAGACAACGUGCAUCCUUACCUAACCAAGAUUUGCCUCAGCUUUAGUGUGAAUUUUGACAAAGUAAGUAGUACGAGAACUAAAUUUUACUUUGUAGAUUAAAGCAAUAAAACUACCUAAUAUCUCAAAUGUGAAUGCAAGCUAGGUAACUUUCUCAAAGUGACUGAGAUCACUUUAGAAGUCGCUUUAAAGAGGAGGGGGUCCUUUAUCCCUAGAUCACUGGUACAUCAUAUCCAGUUCACCCCAGGAAGAAAUGACAGUCAUUCCACUCCUAACUAUGUAUGAAACUUGUGACUCUUAGGUGACAGGAAGAAGAAGGAAUGCCCUCAUGGAAAAAAGUUAAUAUUAAAAAGCAAAAUACCUUUGGCAAACUACUUCAACUUAAUGGACAGGUCAUAAACUGUAUGGGCAUAAAUACUGGGCUUUAUUCUUAUGGUUUCUGUUAGAUUUUCUUUUCCCCCUGCUCUUUUUUUGGGAGAGAGGUUGGGGCUCCAGGUCAUAUAGACCUGUAGUUAUUGUCUUGCUCUUGAGAGGACUUGGCUUACAGCGCUGCUUUUUUCAAGGUGUUAAAUUGCCUGGCAAUGAUACCAGUUUUGAGCAUCGGUGAAAUUUUACAGCAUUUCCUGGUACUGCAUCUCACUGGUUCUAGGUGGUUUUCAAGUGAAAGCUUUCUGCUGUGUAUUUCUUGUAAAGUUUUGGUGUUCUUGAUAUGCGAAGUAUCAUAGGAAAAAGUGACAUCGACUACAUAAAAUGCUACCAAAUGUGCAUGGGGAAGCAAAAUAAGAAUCUCACUCUUGUUUUAACAUAUUUUUCAGCUCUGGUAGCUCAAGGUGUUACAAGGAGCAAGAGCUCUGUACAAGGUGGGAGCCGCAUGGCUUUUUCCAUUUUAGUUUAUUGCAGUUUUUGAAUUGUAGAGCUGAAGUUUGAGAUAAAUGCUUAUCCUGGUACAAAAUUAAAUAUGCUGUAGCUCCGGGCUAAGACAUUCCCAGUGUGAGUGGGAACAGCUGACCCCAUGCUUUGACCUCCACAGGACCUAAGUGGAUUUAUUCAUGUGUUUAAAGUCAGCAUAUGCUUCUGUAUAUUGCUAAGCCACAGCCUUGGUGACAAACAACUCAAGAUUAAACCACAUAAAAAGGGUGAUUAAGUUAAGGGUGAAUAAUAUCAUUUCACUCAGGAUAUCCAAACUGUUACUAUGCAAGGUGCUGGCAUGAUGUUAAAAUAGCUGGGAAGGAUGGAUCUGAGGUCUUCCCAAUACUGUAACUCUGUAUUUCCCAAUAAUGUAUUAUGCUCUGAUAUUCCAGGCAGGGUAAAACAUUUUUUCUUAGAAUUCAACUGCGAUAGUCACUUAUUUUGUGGUGGGUUGUUUUUUUUUUUUUUUCUUUCUUUCUUCUGUGUGUACACAAAAUUAAGUUGGUGCAAUUAAGAAGUCUAUGAUGUACAGAUUUAUUAUAUCACUAAAAAGCCUGAGGAUUUUUUAAAGAACUAACUACUGCUGUACAUAUAAUAAAAGCCAAUUGUCUCUGUGUA